GUUCGCUAUCGACUAGUUCAAAGACUGAUCCCUUGACAAGACGCUCCAGAAUAGCAGCUCCAAAAGAAAAUCCCAAACUGAAUCGUGCUGCUCAAAUAAUCCUACCUCAUUGAUGAAAAGAAAAUGCAAUCGGAAGCUCUUGUUAUUGUUAUGGCUUUCGCUACUGUAACCGCCACUGGUCUCAAACAUGACGAUCUCAUCGUUGCCGUUGGUGAUACACUCGAAUUCCUAACUGAUGGAAGUAUGUAUCGAACACUGCCAUUAGAUUCUUAUAAUGCUUCAAAAUUGUCUGCUCUCGCAUAUGAUGCCUCGACGAGGAAACUCUUUUUCUCCGACCGACAUCACCUUUACGGUCACAUCUUCAGCGUUACUCUUGGCAAUGAAUCGCAUCCUGUUCAGGACAUUGUCGAAAGAAAUACAAAUGAAACUGUCGAAAGUUUGGCGUACGAUCCUGUCAGGAAAAUGUUGUUGUGGACAGAUUGGUUCAAUCGAUCCAUUCGACAAGUUCAGCUCGCUAAAGACCAUAUCCACGUCGAAGAGAAGGAUGGCAUUGAAAUUGUUCACUUUUUAGAAGACGAUGCGAAACCUCGUGGACUUGUGUUCGAUCCUUGUAUGAGGAUGUUGUACUGGACCAACGUGUACAAGUCACGUCCAACUAUUGAACGAUCGUUUCACGAUGGAAGCCAACGAGAAAUCCUUAUUCAAACGGAUUUGUUUGUACCGAACGCGUUGGAUCUUGACGUUUUGGAGCAGAGGCUGUACUGGGCUGACAAUCUUCGUCAAGACGAUUAUCGAACGUUCAGCAUCGAAAGAAGCUUCGUCAAUGGAACAGGCAGACAGAAAAUAUAUAGUGGUAUCAGCCAAUUCGUCGUCAGUCUCACGGUGGGCGGUGAUUACGUGUACUGGACAGAUUACAAUUACAAAAAACUGUGGUAUGUACGAAAGGAUGGAUCAUCCAAGAAUUCCAUGAUGCUUCGAACAUAUUCACGUAAUCCAGCUAUGGGUGUCGUUGUCUAUCGUCACGAGCCUUUGAACUGUGAUUUGCUCACUACGCCGGAAAAUGAUUUUGAAGACGCAGUCGAUAUUAAAACCAAGAAAAUGUAUAUCGUUCUCUUAAACCUCAUCUGCCUUGUUAUAGUGGCCAUGGUGGUUACUUUAACCUUUCGAUUUUGGAAAGUUACCGGCUGUAAGCAAACCUUGGUAUCUACCAACAGCAAAAAGUUGUUCGCGUUCCAGAAUUUCGAGAACUGCUCGAGCUCCAUCACGAUGUCCGAAAGGGCGUCAACACAAACGGAGCCCGUCAGUCCACCGUCGGCGGAAUCUACGGGCGUGAACGUUUUACUCACGAACGAACGCCACAGCAACACUACCGCCUUAUUUAAAUACGAAAUUUAAAAAUGGGCUAUUCCAUUUAAAUUUAAUAUUCGUUGAAUGAAAACGAACCGAGUGUAAUUUAGGAAAAUCACGCGUCUCAUCUCAUACGUAUUUGUUUUUGUGUUUUGUGCAAACAAUUCGAGGUGUAAAUCUAAUAAUGGAAUCAGUCUAAUCUUUUAUGUUUUUUUUUUCUUGGUUACAUGUUUUAGAGCCCUGCACGUUGUGUCAUCUAACAUGCCAGACAUUAGGAUAUUAAGUAUAGUUUACUUCGAGACGUUUUGAAUUUAAAAUUGUGUCAGGGUUCCGGCCAAACCGUGUACAUAACAUAUCAAAUUUCAAUCACAACGUUUGCAUUUUAUACAACGGUUUAAUCUUUCA